UUUCUAGGCACAAUCGAACAGUUAGAGAGUACCUGUGUUUUUGAUUCCGAUUUCGGUCUCAUCCUGAACUGUGCCUUCAAAAAGUCCGGCCUCUUCCGGGUGCGGAAUUUGGGCGGCGUCAAGGCCCACUUCGGGUUAGGUUUCAGCGUCGGAGAUGAGCUGGGACUGGCGGAGUCGCUCGGCAACGUCGAGGCGAACAAGCGGCGCGCCCUGAACAUCCGCACCAGCGCCAAUAACAUCGGCGUAUUGCCCGCGUCCAAAAUGCCUACAUCGUACCCGCCACUGCAGCCGCUUCAACCCUCGCAGGGCCCCGGUGCGCUGGUCCAGCCCAUCCAGCAGAGUCGUCCACAGGCAGUGACCGUGCCGAGACCGAAGCUUCCGCCGAAUGGCCUGCCGAAGGUACCGUCGUCGGUCGCGCCGGUCUACAUGUCACCGGCGGCCGGGCUGAUGACAAAGGCCACCUCCCUGCCCCUUGGCGUACCCCCCUUCCGCCCGAUCCCUCCCAAGCCCACCGAGCCCGAACCGGUGAGAUUCGACCCGACCGUGCUGCGGCGCAACUUUGCCUUCCGAACCGCCCAAACUCCCGAUCCCUCCUUCCAGAGCCAGCUCAUGAACCAGACCUCCUCCUACCACCGCGGUUCCAUCUCCCGCAUCUCCGCUCCCGCCGCCGCCCUGGCGGGGGCUUCCCCGAACCACCAGAUUAUCUACAAGGAGGCACCGCACCUGCAGGUGCAGAAGGUGCCCGCCUUCCAGGCGAUGCCCGAGUCCGUGUCCCGCAUCUCGACCGGCCCGGUCGUCCAGGUUGACAACAGCAACAAGCUGCAGCCGACCGUGAUCAAGAACUCCAUCAUGAGCAUUCCGCCGCGCCGACCACCCGUCAAACCCAGUCUGGCCUCGGCGACCGCGGCUACCGCCGCCACCGACGACGACGUCGGUGAGGUGGACCUGAUGGGCCACACGGUCGAGGAGCUGGCCGCGGCGGCCAACGUAAGCGUCGAGGUCAUCCGGGAGGCGAUCCGCGUCCGGCAGCAGGAGAUGCGCGCCCAGAAGCAGUACGAGAAGCAGCAGGCGGCCUACGCCCAGGCCCAGUUCCUGGCGGCCCAGCAGAAGACGACUACGACCACGACGACGACGACGACGACCCCACGUCCACGGCGCUACCCGACCAACGCGGGCCAUAAGGUCAUGAACGCACCGAAGGAGUACUACCCGGUCGGAUACGACAAAAACUUCGACGACAACUUCACCUCGAAGGUGGACCUGCCGCACACGACGUUCAACUGCGGCGAACAGAAGCACUUCCCGGGGCUGUACGGCGACGAGGACCUCGGGUGUAUGGUCUUCCACGUGUGUGCCCUAACGGACGAUGGGUUGAUCAUGAAGUCGUUCCUGUGCCCGGAAAGCACACUGUUCGACCAGACGGUGCUCAAGUGCAACUGGUGGUUCUACGUGGACUGCAAGAGCAGCAAGAACCUGUACGACUCGAACCUGCCCGUCUCGAAGAGCUACCAGCUGAUGAAGGCGCUGUCGUUCUUCUCGUCCAACUACAAGACCGGCAGCGAUUCGGCCGAGGGCGUUGACGUGGAAGCGCUCAAAAACAGUGUCGCCACGGCCGUGGCCGUCGGAGGCUCGGCCCGCUCGCUCGAUAGCAUCAGCGACAACAGUAUCGCCGGAUCGACUGGCGAAAUUCAGCAACCGCCAACGAAGCUGAAUGCGACGGUGAGCAGCAGCAGCGCCGGCAGCAACAAAACCGACAGCUCCACGUAAAGACGCGGCGAUGCUGCGAUUUGCAACCGGGCUGCUGAAUGCCGAACGCGGAAAGUAACACAAAUGGUUGUGCCGUCGACGCCGCAGAGUCGUUAAUUCCUUCGCCAUCGACUCCCGGAUGUGGUCCCCCGGAUGACGGAGCUCCCGGAGCAGCUUGUAUUCGUUCUCCUGUACGACUCCUGUAACACUACACGCCGCUACACGGGUACACACGCUGGCGUGUGCGUCUCGAUGCCAAACACGUUUCGAUUGCGCACGGUUAUUGCGCCUGCACGUUAUGCAAUCCGCACACCACCGCCCAUUCGUUUUCUUCAGAGAUUGCUCCUUGGCAUGCGUGUAAUCGCCCAGCGCCACUACUAUUAUCCGCCAGCCUUACAGAUGUGUUACUGCUCACAAAAGGGAUCGAUGACGGAAGCGAACGGAGCGCCAAAUGUUUGCCAAAGUGGGUCUGUGGACAAGUGGAAACACUUGCUAGCAUCCUCUGGGGCCAGGACGCGUCCGAUUGGCCGUGCUCAGUUUUCUUCGGCAAUCCUCAACAGACACUA